GACAUGCGCCGACGCGUCUCGACGCUUCCUGCUCUCUCUUUCUAAGCGGCUGAAGCUGAUUGAGCUGAGCCACGCGUCUCACUUUGGUCGUGUUGAAACGGACCGCAGCGUACUGGACUUACAAAACCCGACAAAAACAUCAUGUUCAGCUGGGUGAGCAAGGAACAUGGAGGCAAAAACACCGAAGGGGAGAUGUUCAAGUCAGUGACAGAAGGCUUGCAAUCACUUUAUAUGAAAAAGCUGCUGCCCCUGGAGGAAGCUUAUAUGUUCCAUGAGUUCCACUCACCGGCCCUGGAGGCCGCCGACUUCCAAAAUAAACCAAUGGUAUUGCUGGUGGGACAAUAUUCCACAGGAAAGACAACCUUUAUUAGGUACCUUCUGGAACAAGAUUUCCCUGGCAUGAGGAUUGGCCCUGAGCCAACAACGGAUUCCUUUAUUGCAGUGAUGUAUGGCGAAAAGGAGGGAGUCAUUCCUGGCAAUGCUCUGGUGGUCGAUCCUAAAAAGCCUUUCCGGAAGCUGAAUUCUUUUGGCAACGCCUUUCUGAACAGGUUUAUGUGUGCCCAGAUGCCAAACCAGGUACUCCAAAGCAUCAGUGUGAUUGACACACCUGGUAUCCUCUCUGGGGAGAAGCAGCGUAUUAGCCGAGGUUAUGACUUCACCCAGGUGCUGCAGUGGUUUGGUGAAAGAGUGGACCGGAUCAUCCUGCUUUUCGAUGCACAUAAAUUGGACAUCUCAGAUGAGUUCUCAGAAGCAAUUCGAGCUUUCCGAGGACAAGAUGACAAGAUCCGUGUUGUUCUUAACAAGGCUGACCAGGUGGACACCCAACAGCUGAUGAGAGUCUAUGGAGCCCUCAUGUGGUCACUAGGGAAAGUGAUCAACACUCCAGAAGUGGUUCGGGUCUACUUGGGAUCCUUCUGGUCCAAACCCCUCCAGAACACAGAAAACCGCAAGCUGUUUGAGGCUGAAGCACAGGACCUCUUUCGGGACAUACAGAGCCUCCCACGCAAUGCUGCCCUGCGCAAGCUCAAUGACCUCAUCAAGCGAGCACGGCUGGCCAAGGUCCAUGCCUACAUCAUCAGCUACCUGAAAAAAGAGAUGCCUGCUAUGUUUGGUAAAGAAAACAAGAAGAAAGAACUGAUUACCAAACUGCCUGAGAUCUAUAUAGCACUCCAGAAGGAGCACCACAUCUCACCAGGAGACUUUCCCAAUGUCACCAGGAUGCAGGAGCAGUUACAGCACUACGAUUUCAGCAAAUUCCCUUCCAUGAAAUCUAAACUGAUUGAUUCAGUGGACAAGAUGCUCGCUGAGAAUAUUGCUGGUCUCAUGAUGCAGAUCCGCAAGGAGGAGAGUAACAUGCCCUCACAGUCAGUCCAGGGUGGGGCUUUUGACGGGGUUAAUGACAGUCCCUUUGGCCAUGGUUAUGGUGAGGGAGCUGGUGAGGGGGUCGACAACGAAGAGUGGAUCGUGGCUCGGGACAAGCCCAAAUAUGAUGAGGUCUUCUACAGCCUGUCCCCUAUGAAUGGCCGGAUCACAGGAGCGAAUGCCAAGAAGGAGAUGCUCAAUUCUAAGUUGCCCAACACAGUGCUUGGGAAGAUCUGGAAGCUAGCAGACUGUGAUUGUGAUGGCAUGCUAGACGAUGAAGAGUUUGCGCUGGCACAGCAUCUUAUUAGAAUCAAGCUGGAGGGCUAUGAGCUGCCCAGUGAACUUCCCCCACACCUGGUGCCCCCCUCCCACCGGCACAACAGAGCAUCUCCACUUCAGGGUUAAUACUGAUUGAGCAUGUGAAAUAAGUUCAAUAGCAUUCUGAUGUGAGUUUGAGCCUGCAGGCUGGUUCAGGUUCCUGGAUUUUUAUGACUAAUGCCCAGGAUAUUGAGACCUUGGCUAAAAUAAGCCAGUCUGUAAAUCAUUUUCCUUUUUAAUGAACGUACGUCACCAAAUACCUGACAAAGAUGACUGACUUUCUGUUUCUUAGUUUAUUCACUUUAGCUGAGGCUGUCUGCAUACUCUGUACCACAAAUCCUAUUACUGGGCCUGAUGUGACAUGGCAGUGUGCAGUGACAGCACAGCCUAAAGCUGGAAAGACCUUGAAGUGGCUGCAGAAGUCUUCUAAUUGACUGCAUUUUUUUUUCGCACAUUGUUUGCAGUGCCUUAUAUCUCUCUAUAUUCUUCUCUCCCUCAAUUUGUUGGGUGGAUUUAGGAAGAUUGCUUUAACAGGACCAUUUCUCAUUCCAAGUUUUAUCCAGUUUAUUAGGACCUUUGACAGGAUCAGGCUAGCUUAAUAAGGAGAUCUGCUGAAUGUGGCCGGCUAAGCACUGUUUCUGUUUAUUGUACCUCUUUGAUCUACCCUGACUCCUGUGUGAACCUUUGGGUGGGGAACUGAAGUGCCACAUCAUCACCAUCCCCUCUCUGUGAGCCUUGAGACAUCUUUGAUUUAUGAACACUGGUCAUGUGUUCAGUGUUUCUGUGUCUUUUUCACUAUUUUCUUUGUUACACUUUUCUCUCUUAGAGAGGCAAUGCAACUAAGGCUGGUUGACCAAACUCAUGGAUUUCUUCUUCCUUUUUAUUGUGAGCCUUUUUUAUUUCACCUGUUUUAUUUCUUUCUACUAUAUAUUUACAAGAGUACACUAAUUCUGCAUAUAUUAGAAACUCUCAAAAUCAUUUAUUUAAACUUUGUCACUUUAACUUUUUGAUGAUUUUUUUUCUUUUUCUUUCAGGUUUAAUCUUUUUCACCACUUCAUUCUGACCACAUUUAACAUUCCCUUUGCAUUUUGUUCAAAUGUUAUAUACUGUAAAUAUGGAUCAGGGAAGCCUGCUUUUCCCGCCUUCUUUUAGUUGUUGUUCUUUCUGCUCUUUUCCCUUUUUUUGUGUUUUUCCUUUCUCUUGCUUUCCUUUGUUUUGAUUGUACUCUACAUACUUCAGUCCUGACUCUGCUAUUCUUGGCUUCUCUCUACAGCUCUCUAAAAACCCUCCUGCAGGCUCCUGAAGAAGGACCACAUAAAUUUGAAUUGCUUUGUUUAAAAAUAAAUUGGUAAUGUACAAAAAUGUAUAUUUUAACAGUGGAAAAUUAAUUAAAAAAUAUUCUUUAUUUUAAUUUUUUUUAAAUGUUGCCGAAAUUAACUCUUGGAAUAAAAUGCUAUAUUUACUGCU